AUGGCCGAGCGAAGAACAACAGGUGGCCAGCUGGAAACCGGUGAAGAUGUCCUUGAUCUACUGCCAAAACAAGAUUGCAGAUCUCCCAGACCUAAGAGCCAACGUCCUUCUUCAUCGGCGUACAUUCCAGUGACGGACACAGAGCGGUGGACGGGCAGCCUGCUGGCCUCCAUGAAGACGAUUGGCAGCUUCAGGCGUCGCAGCAGGCCAGACGAUGGGGCUUCAGAUCUCAUCAAAGCAGCUCGCACCACCUCAGCCGAUGGAAACGAUCGAAAUACGGCUAACAUUGCUGCUGUUUCGUCAGCUGUCCCAAGUGCCACCAAUGGAGAAAAUGCCGGGCUUGACGAGACCUCCACUCCAUAUGAGGCCUCCCACGCUUGGCCGCUGUUCAAUGAGGGCACGCAUGCCGCUCCAAGCGAAGAUCCCCAGUCCACUCAACAGCGGCGCUCUGUUGCGCAAGCUGACAGCGCAGCGAAUGGGACAACAGUCACCUCGCAUCUCAGUCAAGGCAUCUCUCAGGCAGCGGGACAGGACACCCCGGGUUUGCGCGCUGCUGCAGGCACAAGGGCACCCUCCUGCACGCCGCAGUCAACGUUGAGCGGCCAGCUCCGUGAGGCUGUCAUCGACGGGCAUCCCUCCAAAGGGGUCCAGCAGUCCUCUGCAGCAGAAGACAACAAGUUUGCCGUCUUGGCUCACCUCCUCGCAUCCCAAGAGCUAGCGGGGCACAUUGCUGCAAACAGCAAUGGGGCAAGCUCCAUGCCAGAGGUCCAGGCUAGCGGACCUGAUGCGCUGGGCGCUGCUGUCACUAUUGCCGGUGGAGCAACAGAGCCGCAGCUGAUCAAUGGCGCAGUCAAUGGGAUGUCUAACGGACACACCUUCUACAACGGACGGGGCACUGCUGUGCCCGCAGCCGCGCCUGCUGGCGUCACAAGACCAGCAGCUAUCAGGCAGGGAGGUGCAUCGGGGCCCCUCGGCGGGGGGCCCUACGAGUACACGGAGGCCACUAGGUCCCCCCGGCAGCCACCCCUGCAGUUCCGUGGUGGCCCCACGCCUGAGGACGCCGCCAGGGCGAUGUACGCGCGUGCCGUGGCCGCUCGGGAGCGCGCGUCUCGCAGGCACGAGGCGGUGAGGGCGCAGCGGCAGGCGGCUGAGGAGGCAGAGUGCAGCUUCACCCCUCGCACUAAUCGCGCCAGAAACGAUGCACUGCUCAAAGGACAGCUGUCAUGGGCUGCACCCGCAAACGAUGCACCCAAGCCAGUGACUGCUCAAGGUUCUGAGGUGAAGCCGUCAGACAGGCAACUCAGAAAGACAGCAGGCAGCAGCAGGAAGGACGCUGCUUCAGGGGAUUUUGAGACACCAAGAGAAGAUGCCAGCAUCAAGGCAGGGGAGCGAAUGUAUGCGGAGGCUCUGAAGUCCCUCCAACGCCAGAGAACUGCUGCGCAGCUGAUUAUCCAGGAGGAGUUGGAGCAGAUGAGGGCGGCUGCUCCCAGGGCCCGUAGCCUGCCGCAUUCCGUUUACGGGGCAGGAGCCGAGACGCGGGUCACCCUCAUCCGCACUCGCAGCAUCUCCCCCCGCCGCCGCAACCCCGCCUACCAGGAGCUGAUGAGGGAGUGCACAUUCAAACCCAAGACGCUGUGGCGCAGCCGCUCGGCAGCGCAGGCCCCCCGCUCCCACAGCUUGCAUGGGCGCCAGCGGGGGACGCUGGCCGGGAGGCAAAACCCCCAGCACGCCAGCAUCAGCACUGACGAAGCCCUCAACAGGUUUCUGCGCCGCGCUAGCCUGACGGCUGAUCAGGUUCCGGCGCUGCUGCAACUGGCAGGGGCAGGCAAUGAGCGCCAGCCUGACGAUGACUCAGCAGAUGCGCCAGAACAGGCGCCCGCCAUCGCUGACAGCCUGGCGCAGCUGGCGCUGGGAGGGGGAGCCGUUGCAGACGAGGCAGACACAAAGGAAGCGGCCAAAUCGGGCGUGGAAGGUGGAGAGAAGCUGUCCUGGCAGCUGCAGGGGCCGACCGGCGGCCUGACGCCUGAUCUGGACUUUGAAGAGUUUCUGCAGCGACAGAAGGCCUUCGUGGAGGAGCGAUCGAGGAAGGUGGAGGCAACGCGCGUGCAGACGGCGCGGCGGCUGGGCAAGACCAUCGGCAUCUCGCCCGGCAGCAGGUCGCUGCUGCGCCAGUGGAAGAGUGUCGAGAGGAAGGGCUCCCUGCAGAGGGCCGGCAAGGAGAAUGGCGGCAGGGGAGGUCCCCUGACGCAGACCUGGUCCCUGGACGAGACUUUCCGGCCCAAGAUCACUCGCCGCGCGCAAAGGAAGAAGCCCCGCUCCGUGCAGGAGCUGCAUGAAGGUGGCCGGCUGCAGCGGGAGCGCACACUGGAGCAGCUGCGGCUGGGGAGGCUAGCAGCAGAGGAGGUGCAGCUGACCUUCGCGCCGAGCAUCAACCCCUGCUACUCCAUCAACUCGCGGCCCCUGCUGGACCUGGCCAACCCUAGCGCUUACCUGGCGCACGAGGAGGCGCAGCGGCGUCGCCUGGAAGCUGCCCGGCGGGCGGCGGCCGAGGAACGGAAGGAGAAGGAGCUGGCGGACUGCACGUUCUCGCCCCUGACAAUCCCUCUGCCAGCUUUCAUGCAGCGCCUCUCAUCAGCGCACAGCUCCAGUCAGCUCAGCCCCAGCAAGUCUGACCUGGAAGCCUAUGCACACCAGCUCAAGUGGCUGUGA